CGUCUAGCCCCAGGGCACUUGGGCGAGCCUCCCCGAGCGGAGCGCUGGCAAACCGCGCCCCGAGCGGGCACUCCUGCAAGGAGUGCAGGCGUCCUGCACCGGGCAGAGGCGCAGGCAAGGGGAGAUCGACAAACCCCGCCAACGAUCUCGCCGGCCCGUCGAUCCAAUGCUCCGUCCGCCCAAACAUGCUUCACCCCACCAUCGACGUGUUGCGGGGAGUCGCACACAGGCGCAGUCGAGAGGCAACCGUGCUACGGCUACGCUAGUGCUAUCUAGGCCUGCGCCACUUCCGUCACCGGCGAGGGUGCUGUUGCGGAAGGCACAGAAAGUCGUCGAGGCGGACGCGGCGCUGUCCGGGAAGCGCCCGACCAUAAUGGACGUGAUACUCAACGCGAAAGCCCCGGUAUCCGCAUACAGCGAAGACAUUGUCAUGGAAGCCGUGGAGCGCAGCGAAGCAGCAUUCCGAGCGAGGCAUGACUAUGCCUUCGGGGACAGUGAUGGAGUGGAGCAGUAUGGGCCGACCAGGCCAUGCCGUGGCGAGGGCGGGACGAAGACAACCGGAAGCGCAACCUCCGGAUUGGAACAGAUAUCAAGAGUCAGCAGAGCGGUCCACGGCAUCGUGGCCGUCGGAUGCGGAAGACGACGUUUCGUCGCAGUCCGAUGCGCAGUCGUCGUACUAUGCGUAUGGACCACCCACAUCGCCCGGUGGUCCUGUUACGCUCAGCACACCACGUCUGGGCGGCCAUGCGGCUGACGUGUCUCCACUGGCUUUGCGGCCAUCCGACCCAUGCCCCACCCAGGUUUCGUCAGUAUAGACUGCGGAUCCUGAUUAUGGGUGACUCAUUGAUUGACGGUUCGGGAGCGUCGACCUGCUUCGUGGACUUGCUCAUCACCUGCAUCAUCAUGUAAUGUAACAUGCUCAUUGGUAGACAGCGAAUUGGGUCAUUCAUCUUAGUGGACAGCGUACAGCUCAGUAAUCACCCCAUGACACACUGUAAAUAGAUCUCAAGCCAGAUCCCGGAGAAUGGAG